AUGUAUCAAAUUGCAAUCGGGAUUGCUCGAGGACUAGAAUACUUGCAUCGAGGAUGUGUUUCAAGAAUUUUGCAUCUUGAUAUCAAACCCCAAAAUAUUCUUUUGGAUGAAAACUUUUGCCCAAAAAUCUUUGAUUUUGGAUUAGCUAAAAUAUAUCAAAGGAAUGAUAGUGUUGUGUCUAUACUUGGCACAAGAGGAACUAUAGGAUACAUAGCACCGGAAGUAUUUAGCCGAACAUAUGGUGGGGUUUUUCACAAGUCUGGGGUAUACAGUUAUGAUAUGUCAAUUCUAGAAAUGAUUGGAGGAAGAAAGAAUUAUGACAUUGGAGGUUCGUGUACUUCUAAAAUGUCCUUUCUAGAUUGGAUUUAUAAGGAUCUUGAACAAGGUAAUAACCUUGAAAAUUGUUUAGCAAACUCAGAAGAAGAAAAUGACAUGGUGAGACAAAUUACUAUGCUAAUUAGAGAUCAAGUAGUGAAGAUGAUGAAGAUGAAAGUUGUGUGUGCAAUGUUGCUAAUGGUAGUCCUCAUGGUUGAAGUGGCUACCAUUGCUGAGGCUGUGAACUGUAACCCACUAGAAUUGAGCCCAUGUCUAGGGGCAAUUACGUCAGAUUCUCCACCUUCUGCUGAAUGUUGCAACAAAUUGAAGGAGCAAAUACCAUGCUUAUGUGAAUAUAUCAAAAAUCCAAUGUUGAGCCCAUAUGUUAAUUCUCCUGGCUCUAAAAGGGUUGCUAGUGCUUGUGGUGUUGACACCCCACAAUGUUAA